AUGAGUGAAGACGGAUCAAGGGAAGGGACCAAAGACGACGGCGGAUAUGUCAAGUACCGAGGCGUUCGUGACUCCAAUAGGAAAGGUCAGAAUAAGGUGUGGCUAGGAACUUUCAACACUGCUGAGGAAGCAGCUAGAGCUUAUGAUAGAGAUGCUUUUAAUAUGAGGGGUUUUUUAGCAAUCCUAAAUUUCCCAAAUCAGUACAAUAUGUUUGCUGGUGCUGCUUCUGAUGCCGCUUCAGGUUCUGGUUCAUCAUCUUCAAGGAUUGCUAAUGCUGGCAAUGGAAGAGUGUUUGAUUUUGAGUACCUGGAUGAUAAUUUAUUGGAGGAUCUUCUUGAUGAUAAUUUAUUUUGA